AUGGCUUUCUCAGGCCGCCACUCUGUUCGACGACUUGCGCCGUGCCUGUGGCAAAGCCGCCACUUUGCACGACCCGUGUGCCUUUCUGAUCGAGAGAAGAGGCAGCUGGUCGUCCGCGGGCAGAACGUCCCUGUGAGCGAUGAGUUCUGGGAAUAUGUUGCGGAUGAGCAGUCAGUGAAGGAUGCAGAGGUCUACAGGACCUGCCUGAUCGUUCAAUGCGUGGCAUGGUUGACAGGCCAACAGACAUGUUCAGACCAGUGGGCAGAAUGUUUGACUGCAAACAUGCCGAUGGCAGUGUGCGUGUGUGUGUGGACCGGCAGGAAUAAUACCGAGAACUAUGUGGGUACUGUAAAGUAUCCUAUUGGUGCGAUCGGGCCUCUCAAGGUGAAUGGUGAGUAUGCCAACCGCGAGUAUGUCGUGCCCAUGGCCACGCACGAGGGUGCCCUCUUGGCAUCCUACAGCCGCGGAGCCAAGGCCAUCACAGCGGGAGGAGGAGUGACUACGCGAAUAAAGACCAGAUGCAUGGUGCGCGCGCCAGUCUUCAUUUUCGACAACAUUGCUGAUGCUAACGAUUUCUACCGCUGGGCACAUCAAGCGGACACGCAGGCCGCGGUGAAAGACACCUUGCACAAGAACAUUGGCCACCUGACGGAAGAACACACUCGGCUGAGGGUGUUCCAGACAGAUCGCAAAGUGCACAUCUCUGUGGGCAUCGACUCGCAAGACGCAGCUGGGCAGAACAAGGUGACAUAUGCUGGUGAUCUGAUGAUGCGGUACAUGAAGGA